AUGGGAGUCGAUGGAUCAAAACUUUCAUAUCAACAAGAGAAAGAGCAAACGGAUUUACUCAUGCAACAGAAUGUCGAACUAGCAAGACAUCUUUCCCAUCAACAACACGCUGCACAUAAGAGUAAACAUGGUUCAAUGAUAAAUGAGGUCGGCAAGAAAAUGUUUGCAAAUGUGAAAUUGAAGAAUAAUGGCGCCACUGCUGAAAAUCAAAUGAAACAAAUCGAAAUUGAAGGUGUAACAUAUGAAAUAAUUGAUUUCAUCAGUAAAGGUGGCUUUGGUCAAGUUUACAAAGCUCAAGCUCGCAAUAGUAAUCGUAUUGUAGCCAUUAAAAUCAUGCAAAAUAAACCUGAUAUUCGAGAGGAAAUUCAAAAUGAAAUUAAUUUCUUAACUAAACUCGCUCGACCAGGCCAUUUUGCCCGUGGAUCUAAUUCAUCGUUAGCAGGACGAUUAGGUAAGUAUUGGAGAUAUAUUGGUCAAACACGUUUUGUACUACAAUGUUACUGUUAG